CCCACACGGCCACACCCACGGUUUCACCGGUCCUCACCCCUACUCUUCUCUCUGUAUUCAUCUGUUCAUCACCUAGAACCCCAAUGACCAAAAAGGAAUAUAAGUGAAGAGAAAAGCUCUUGAGAGAACGAUCUCUGUUCCAUUAAUUCGUUUUAUUUCUUCUGUUUUCUUCCCUGAAUCAUCUAUAAUGGCGGGGACUGGAGUGUUUUCAGAUAUCUUAGAUGGUGAUGUCUUCAAGUACUACUCCGAUGGUGAGUGGAAAAAAUCAUCUUCCGGAAAGUCUGUUUCGAUUAUCAAUCCUACCACCAGAAAGACUCAGUACAAGGUUCAAGCUUGUACGCAAGAAGAGGUAAAUAAGGUCAUGGAAUCGGCGAAAGUCGCCCAAAAGGCGUGGGCGAAAACACCUUUGUGGAAGAGGGCGGAGCUGCUUCACAAAGCGGCGGCGAUCUUGAAAGAACAUAAAGUCCCUAUUGGAGAAUGCCUCGUUAAAGAGAUUGCAAAACCUGCUAAGGAUGCUAUUACUGAGGUGGUUAGGUCUGGAGAUCUGGUGUCUUACUGCGCAGAAGAAGGUGUGAGGAUUCUAGGAGAGGGGAAGUUCUUAGUCUCUGAUAGCUUUCCUGGGAACGAGAGGACCAAAUACUGUCUUGCAUCUAAGAUUCCACUUGGGGUCAUUUUAGCAAUCCCACCUUUCAACUAUCCUGUAAACCUAGCCGUCUCAAAAAUUGCUCCUGCACUGAUUGCUGGAAACUCCCUUGUGCUUAAGCCUCCAACUCAGGGAGCUGUUGCUGCUCUCCACAUGGUGCAUUGUUUUCACUUGGCUGGUUUUCCAAAAGGCCUUAUUAGUUGUGUCACUGGAAAAGGGUCUGAGAUUGGGGACUUCCUCACAAUGCAUCCUGGAGUUAACUGUAUAAGCUUCACCGGUGGAGACACUGGAAUUGCAAUAUCAAAGAAGGCAGGCAUGAUCCCUCUUCAAAUGGAACUGGGUGGAAAAGAUGCCUGCAUUGUGCUUGAAGAUGCUGAUUUGGAUUUAGUGGCAGCAAACAUCAUAAAAGGAGGAUUUUCCUAUAGUGGUCAAAGAUGCACAGCUGUGAAAGUUGUCCUGGUAAUGGAGUCUGUAGCUGAUGCUCUUGUUGAGAAAGUGAAGGCCAAAGUAGCAAAAUUGACUGUUGGCCCACCAGAAGAUGAUUGUGACAUCACCCCAGUUGUUUCAGAAUCAUCAGCAAAUUUCAUUGAGGGGUUGGUAAUGGAUGCUAAGCAGAAAAGAGCAACAUUUUGCCAGGAGUACAGGAGAGAAGGGAAUCUUAUCUGGCCCUUGUUGUUGGAUAACGUUCGACCUGAUAUGAGGAUUGCAUGGGAGGAACCAUUUGGGCCUGUAUUGCCAGUGAUCAGGAUCAACUCUGUUGAAGAAGGGAUUCACCAUUGCAAUGCCAGCAAUUUUGGCCUCCAGGGUUGUGUUUUCACAAGAGACAUCAACAAAGCAAUUUUGAUUAGCGACGCAAUGGAGACAGGAACUGUUCAAAUCAAUUCAGCACCAGCUCGUGGACCAGACCAUUUUCCUUUUCAGGGUCUGAGGGACAGUGGAAUCGGUUCUCAAGGAAUCACUAACAGUAUUAACAUGAUGACCAAGAUCAAGAGCACUGUGAUCAACAUACCCACUCCUACAUACACCAUGGGUUAAUAUGCCUACUAGGAAAUUACAACUUCUAUUGUAGUUAACUAGUAAAAUCAGCAGAGGACCAUUUCCUUGUUUAGUGUACUUGUUCUCCUUGGACUAGAAACAAUAAUGGGACACUUGACAUAUGGAUACAUAUGUAAUAUAUGUGCAAAUGUGUACCCAACUUUCUCCUUUAAUGUAGAAUCUAUUUUUGGCA